GUGAAACUCUUUCAAAGUACUCAAAUCAAUCUCUAGCUGUUUCUUUUGAAGUUGAAGGAAAAUUAAACAUCAAAUUCAUAUGGACAAAUUAAAGAAAAUUUGUGUCUUUUGUGGAAGCAAUUCAGGCAAUAGGAAAAUCUUCAGCGAUGCUGCUCUUGAUCUUGGAAGAGAACUGGUGGAGAGGAAGAUGGAUCUAGUUUAUGGAGGAGGAAGUAUUGGACUUAUGGGGUUGGUUUCUCAAGCUGUUUAUGAUGGUGGAUGUAAUGUUCUUGGAAUUAUUCCAAGAGCUCUUGUUCCAGUAGAGGUACGAAAUAAAAUCUCAAACACCCUCCUUCUUCUCCCUUUAAUUCUUUUUAUUUUGCUCCCGCUUUAUAUCGGGCCAUGCAGUGGGAGAAGUAUUAAUAGUGNAGGAGGAUAUGGAACAAUGGAAGAAUUACUUGAGGUGAUAACAUGGUCACAGCUUGGAAUUCAUGAAAAACCAGUUGGAUUGUUGAACAUUGAUGGAUAUUAUGAUUGCUUGCUUGGAUUAUUUGACAAAGGUGUAGAAGAAGGAUUUAUUAAGCCUUCAGCCAGAAAUAUUGUCAUUUCAGCUACAACAGCCAAAGAGCUUUUAGAAAAGAUGGAGGAUUAUGCACCAAUACACAAUCAAGUAGCACCAAGCAGGUGUUGGAACACUAGUGGUGGACCAGUGACAAGAAGUCAUAAUUUCUGGCUGGAGUUUGCCAUAUUAUUCAAGUGUGAAGAUUGUAUUUUCCAUUGUUUGACAGACACUUUGUAAGUUACCACUCACAUGAAAAUUCCAAGUGAAAAGGAACACACAAAAGAAAGAAUACUUUGGUUUUGAAUAGCAAGAAAUGUUGUAAAUUUGGUAAACGAACAUUGAUUUGCUUUGAAUGGGAUGAGAUUCAACAAA